AUGCCGAACGACUGCAAGGAACAAACCAAUGGCUACUCCGGCGCUCAGUUCAAGAGUUUCAAUACACCUCAAGAGGCCAUGAAUUACAUGAGCGGCGGUAGUGGUGGUGGAGGCGGAGGUCACCGAUCGCACGGCACGGACUACGCAUCGGCUUCGACUGGAUCUGCCAAUUUGUAUGGGAGCCGCGACGGGAGUGGCCGGUCAUCAGUGGCCUCCAGCGGGUACUCUGAGCCCCGAUUUGAGAUCCAUACAGACGGCGCGUGUCCGCGAAAUGGGAUGCCGGGCGCCAACGCUGGCAUUGGUGUCCACUUUCCCAGUCGUCCGGAUCGCGAUCUGUCCGAACCCCUGACCGGCCGUCAGACCAACAAUCGGGCGGAGAUACAGGCGCCGCGUCGUGGACUGGAAGUGGCCCGAGAGUUGGGUCACACCCGCGUGGAGAUCAAGACUGACAGUCAGUAUGUGUGGGAUAUCGCGAACGGAGCCAAAGAGGCGCACAAAAACAAACAGGACUUUCAGGAUCUGGCGGACGCCUCACAAGGAAUGAACGUCAAAUGGGUUAGUAAUUACAGAUACCCGAUGGGCGUCAUCUCCGGAUGUGUCCCUACCAAAGUGCCCGCGCAUUCAGGUGUGACCGGCAAUGAAAGGGCCGAUAAGUUGGCUAAAAGGGGCGCCAAUCAGAAGUGA